AUGCACGCUGGGUAUGUGUCUCUUCCGAUCUACCGAUACCGCUUAUCUACCGGCCCUUCCCCGCGCAGCGACGGGCUCUCUAAGCCGAGCGCCCUGGGGGCUGGUCCCUAUGCCAGUCCGGAUAUUUCUGGGUCUACCUCCGCGUACCUCGUAGUCCAGAAUUGGAGCCUACGAUCCUUCCCUCCUUCCCUCGACACCAUCUCAAUCGAUGUAUCUAUGUUCGACCCUCGCCGAGACCUUCCACGGGACGUCCUAUGCGCGACUGUACGCAGCGGCAACAUCGCCCGCCCGCUCGACGAUCCUGUACGCUAUCCCCUCAACGGGGUGGUGGAACACUUUGACCUCUCUGGCCUACGGAUCUGGUAUAUCUCGCCGGCAGACGAACAUGGGUGUGUCUCGUUCGCUCUCAUCCCCGACGAGCGCGAAUGGCGGUUAUUCCUCACCCAGCUCAAAAUUUCGGGCGUUCCUCUCGACCCUAGCCGCUACCACAACCCGAGAUGGCUCGUCGGUAUCCGCAUCUGGGCGUUGCCCCACGGCCAUACCCCUCAAGACUUCCUCGCCCCGGAUCAUACGGUGCCACCUGGUACGAUGGUUAUAGAUCUCCUUACGGACGAUGAGCUUGACUCUUCUACGCCUGAUCAACCUCCUAGGGAUAUCCUUUCAGACGGUCAGUCCGACCCAGCUGAGUCCGACUCCAUUGUACCCGACCCUAUGGAGCUCGACCCCGUUGACCCGGAGCCCGUUGAGUCUGAUCCUGUUGCGCCUGAAGAGGAGGCGUUCGAGCCAGGGCCCAUCGACCCUGACGUUGUCAAGGCAGUCCUCCGCGAUAUGUGUCAAUUUUUUGGCAUCGAUCCUGGCGACGCGCAAAAGCCCGGUUUCACAUAUACCCCUCCAGGCAUGAAGAGAGGUCUUCGCCUCCACCAGCUCUGGGGCUUUUUUUGGGUUUUUGCUAGCAAGCCGGCCCGCGGUAUCGCCACCGCCCUCCUCGCCGACGAGAUGGGGCUUGGCAAGACGGUUACGUCCCUGACCGUCGCCGUCCUUAGCCACCGCCUACGUGUACUGGCCGACUACGUCACUCAGCACCCCGAGCAGCACCUCGCGCCCGGCGACGAACGUACCGAAUGCCCGUCAGGAACCUAUACCUACGGGUUCCAAUGCCCCUGCGAGGCGGGCAGUUGGUCUGCUAGGAUUGCCGCCGACCUCUCACAUGGACCUACCGUCGUGUUUGGUUCUAAGCUGAUCCUGAGAUCGUGGGCCCACGAAUUCGCCAAGUUCGUGGACGCUGGUCCCGACGACGGCAUGGUCCUCCUUACAUUGCCUGACGACCCCGCGCCCGUACGCGAUCUUAUCGCUGACGUCCGAAUUGUCAAGUCAACCCGUGUACACCCCACGACCGGCAAGAAGCCUGGCCUCCAAGACGAAGGCGCGAGGCUCAAGCCAAAACCCGGCCAGUCUCAGUACAUUCUACUCAUGCCCAACACGUCCGCUCUCAAGGGCAUUGAUUCAACCUUCGCCGUUACCGCUGACCGCCGUAGGCCCCCUACUGUGGUCCAGUUCGCCGUCCAGCCGGCCAGGAUCAUCGUGGACGAGGCCCACUGCAUCAAGGGCGAGACUACCAUGCUCUGGGAUCGGAUUCGGCGUUGGCAGUGGCGCGCGCAGAGCCCUACGUACCUCCUCGCUCUGACUGGAACGCCUAUGACGCGAGACCCGACAGACUUCCAGAGGCUGUUGGAGCACCUAAACCACCCAGGCGCCGGUUGGAGCACCCCCCUCCAGCCGCCCGCCACGUCUACGCUCCAGGCGCUCAAGCACCUAACGGCGCGUUACAACCAGACGCUCGCCCGUGGCCUCAACGCUGCUGCGAUUAGCGGCUCGGAAUCGGAACAACAGCAGCAGCGGGCCUUCCUCUCCGACCUUAGCGCCCUUGUGCUCGCUUUUACCCUUCGUCGCCGCCGGGACGGCACCUUUGCCGGCCAGCCGUUGUCCGCCGUACCGAUGAUCCCUUUCGACGUUGUAGAAUGCCCGCCCCCGGCCCAGUUUGCCGCCCACAUCGAGAACAUCUUCUCCACGACAAAGGACGAGGUACAGACACUGCUGAACGAGCGCCACGCCAGGUGGGAGGAGCUGCCUAAACAUCGCCGGGGUGCCGAGCCUACCCUCGAGCUCUUAGUUCGCCAGAUCAGCUCCGGCGCCCCCUCUACCGUCUAUAGCUUCCGCCUGCUUAGGCUGUGCGCCACGUUCCCUGCCCUAGCUCGCCUCUACCGCGAAGAGCCCUACUGCGGUUGGAGCCUCACCGGCGAGGAUUUCCAAGCCGUCUUUACCAAGGGUACCGUCGAGGAGGCUCAGGCCAAGUCCAAGGCAUGGCCGCUCUGGCGUAGCAUCUGUACCGGCAGUACUAAGAUGGAGCAGCUUGGUGUACAAGUCCGCAAAAUGCUGGCCGACCGAGAACCGGCAUCCGGCGUGGAGGGCAUAGUGCCUGAGAAGAAGAUGCUUGUCUACUCCGACUCCCCCUUUGUGGCCCACCUCGCGUUCUUGUGGAUCGCUAAUACUUUCGGCAUCCCUGUCCAGAUAAUCGAUCGUAAUAUGAGCAUGGCCAGUCGCCUGGCAGCUAUUGAACCCUUUGUCACUACCCCUAUCGACAGGCUACAGUACGAGCACGACCAUCCUACCAUCCCAGCCGCCCCUCGGGUUCUAGUCACUACCGUUGGCAUUAUCGCUGAGGGCCUCAACCUAGCCCGGGCGAAUUACCUUGUUCUGCUCGGCCCCCUCGGCACCAUCGCUAAGCAACAGCAGGUCGGCUGUCGCGUUAAUCGCGAGGGCGGGUUUUCCACCCCACACCUGACGCUACUACUCGACCCGGACAACAAGGCUGAGAUGGUGAUUCGUCGGCGGCAGCUAAACCGCGCCGCUAUCGAGACAGAGGUAUGGGGUGGAACGGGGUAA